AUGGACAAGGAGACGAAAAUUAUUGACGUGCGUGAUUUGAAUACGCCCGAUAAUUGGAUCGAACGUGCUCCAGAAUUAAUUCGACUGACCGGGAAUCAUCCGUUCAAUUGUGAGCCACCUCUUACAAAAUUACUGCAAUGUGGUUUUUUGACUCCAACAAGAUUACAUUUUGUUCGAAAUCAUGGCUAUGUACCAAAAAUUGAUUGGAAUGAACAUCGUGUUCGUGUUUGUGGGUGAGUUCGACAGUUAACGGUGGUGUAAAAUGAAUGGCGGUCUCAGUAGUUUCUAUUUUUCUAAGGUUAGUGUUUUUUUUAACAGAUGUCCCGCGAAAUACUCUACAAAACCAUACAUAAACUUUAAUUUCAGAGCUUCAAUCAAGAAAACUAAGCAAAUUAUAGGAAAAACGAGAAAAAAUUAAAACUUUUUAAAGUCAAAAACGAUUUCUUGUGUUAACAUUUUAAUAGUAAGAAAACCUGAAUCAUCCAUCCAUUAUGCAGUCCUGACUUCUCUCUAUCUUUUAGCUACACUUCACAUUUUUUCACAUCAAAACUCAUAGAAAAGUAAUCAUUUUUUUAUUUGUUAACACGCAUUUUUUCAUUAAUUUUUCAAAUUCUGGCUAUAGUGGUGAACCUGAAGAACAAACAGUAACGGCGAUCAUUUCUUUUAAAGAUACUUUUAGAGUAAAGGUACUUUUGAUCACCAAAAAAAGAUACUUUUGAUCACCAAACGCUUUUAGAUACAAAUGAUCACCAAGAAAAGAUACUUUUGAUCACCAAAUUUUUUAGAUACAAAUGAUCACCAAAAAAAGGUACUUUUGAUCACCAAACGCCUUU